CAAAUUCAAUUCCAUCACUCUUCUCUAAACCCUAACUUUGACAAAAUUCAAUCCAAUUCGAAACUGGGUAUUCUUCAGAAGCUGAUACUUUCAGUGAUUGAGAGCAAUGUCAACCACGGAAUCUCCGACGGCUGCUAAAAAAGUGGUCAUUCAUCUCAGAGCUACUGGUGAUGCCCCUAUACUUAAGCAAGCCAAAUUCAAGAUACUAGGAACAGACAAGUUUGCUAAAGUGAUAGACUUUUUGAGAAGGCAACUUCACCGUGAUACAUUGUUUGUGUAUGUCAAUAGUGCAUUCUCUCCAAACCCGGAUGAAUUGGUGAUGGAUCUGUAUAAUAAUUUUGGUUUUGAUGGUAAACUGGUGGUCAAUUAUGCUUGUUCCAUGGCGUGGGGCUAGUUAUCAACGUGGGUUUGCAGACACAUAACUAUUGAUAAUGACAUCAAGUUUUUCUUCCUACACAAGAACAUGGAACAUGAGUUGCAGAUGGAGACAUGAUAUUUUGGAUUUUGUACAUAUUCUGUUUCUUUCAAUUGGUGGGCAUGUAACUUUACAACAAGUCUAGAUGUAAAGCCAAACACUUGUAUAUGAUGUUAAAGUUCAAAAAGAUUUACCGUUAUUCACAAUUCGAAUCAUAGUAAGUUUGUCUCUGUAA